UGAAACUAGAAGUUUGAAGAAGAUGGCUGCAUUUGUACACACUUUGAACGCUCCCACAACCAGCACCAGCCGGAGAUCGCUUCCUUUUCGGUUUGUGCUCUGAUACACAGCGGUUAGUUCUCCGUGGCUCGUUAACUUUAUGCUCGGUUAAAUUAUGGGUAAAUACAACGGCUGUGCAACGUCGUAUACACUUUUGUAAUCACACUGUGACCAACAUUAGAUUACAUAAAUACUUCAUUAAAGAGCUAUUGAGAUUUGAAGAGCCGAAUGUCUGUCGAAUGUCCAAUCUAAAACCAGCUUCACCGCAGUGCUCUGUCUGUGUCUUUAGUACCACCGACAAUUGAACACGGACAUUUUGGAAGUACUUUAAAAAAUGUCAGAAUGAAGACUAUCUCCACCCAGCGAGUUGAAUCAUCUCAGGCCCGUGGCAUCCUCAAAUGGUAUAACUGCUUAUUACAGUUCGAAGAACAAAAUCGAAUCAGGAGCACAAUGUGAGCCUGGGAUACAAUUAGGACCCUAUAAUCUCAUAGGUUAGAACCGACCCAGACGCUUUCCUGCAGCUAAAUACCGCCGCCUGCUGGCUCUUUGUUUUGCAUCAUAGCAGGCUACUGUAUCCGCUGCAACGUCCGAACUAAGUGAUGAGACACUCGAGAACCGAGUCAGUGGUACCCGCCGCCGCCCGGCAGCUACCCCAAGGAUGCGGAGAAAGGAAUCUACUUUUAUUUUUCAUCACGCGGUUCAAAGAAAAAUCCACUGUUUGGAAAUGAGGUCCACUUUGUUCGCGAUUUAACAUUUACAAUCAACGAAAAACAACACGUUUUUGUUCGCCUGAAACCACGUCGUAGCGUUCUGUGAAACAAAUGUUUGAGCAUGAGAAGGCAGUGAUGUCCUAAAUGACUGAAACUGAAAUAACGUCACGAACUUCCAAUGUAAUGUCUCUGUGUGAUGGGAGAAAUACUCGAGUAGGAUGGGUAAUAAGCAAACGAUAUUUACUGAUGAACAGUUCGAGGCAUAUCAGGACUGCACUUUUUUCACGCGCAAAGAAAUCCUACGGUUACAUGGGAGAUUCCAUGAGCUGGCCCCACAUCUAGUUCCCAUGGACUACACCAACGAGCCUGACAUCAGGCUUCCAUUGACACUCAUUGUCACUAUGCCGGAGCUAAAGGAGAACCCGUUCAGGAACCGCAUCGUGGAAGUCUUCUCUGAGGACGGACAAGGCAACCUCAGCUUCAAUGACUUUGUGGAUAUGUUCUCCGCACUCUGCGAAACAGCUCCAAGAGAACUGAAGGCCAUAUACGCUUUUAAAAUCUAUGAUUUCAACGGGGACAAUUUCCUGUGCAAGGAGGACUUGGAGAAGACAUUGAAUCGGCUGACUAAAGGAGAACUGACUCCAGAAGAGGUCCGUCUGGUCUGCAGCAAAGCCAUCGAGGAGGCGGACCUUGAUGGGGACAGCAAGCUGUCCUUCUCCGACUUUGAGAACAUGAUCUCCAAAGCUCCCGAUUUUCUAAGCACAUUCCACAUACGGAUAUGAGACGCUUCAACCGACUCCAGUGAUGAGGCUUGGACAGAGAUGGAAGAGGAGGAAAAAGGAUGUGGUCACUCCCUGGUUUGUCUGAUGACGGCAAUCCUGAAGGCUGCCAGAGUCUCUGUGGUGUUGUCCACAGCAGAAUGACCCCUGACCUCAAUCUCAAUGCAGCACAGUGCCUGUCUACCAAGACUUUAGUAAGAAAGUCUUUAUCUUUCCUGAGUUCGAUCAAUGCGGCAUUUGUACAAAAUGGAAUCCAGUAAAUGAACUGCUAAACGAGUUUGGCUACAACUGCAGGAUUAUGGACCAGGUGUGAUUUUUUUUCUUCUCACGAAAGCACAGGAAGCACAGGCCAUGUUCUAUUGGGAGAAAGUAAUCGACCACGAGACAUUUCUAAUUCUGAAGACAAGGUCAUUUAAUGCAUGAUUGUUUUCUCUUAUAAUCAGUUGUUCAAGAUGAAAACACAAACAGGCUUGGCGUCUUCAAAUGGGGCUAUAAGAUUAACUGCUCAACAACGAGGGGGCUAAUUUUGAUACCUGUAGUGCAUAGGUACUACACAACCUAUGUGGAAUUUUCUAGAAGAUGUAGGACUUUUGCUGAUUUAUGUACUUUUCGUCGAAACUGUCCUUUUUGUUGUGGUUCAUCCAGAAACCCUGCUGACAACAACGCAGAACCAUAUUAAACUACACCCUUUCCUCUGUCUGAAAUGUACGGUAGGAAAGGAUUGCGAUGGCUGGAUACAUGUGAAGUAUGACAAGCACAGUUUUAGUACCAAGAACAGAACAGUUUAAGAGCUAUGCAAUCUCUCCGAGAGGCGUGCAUGAGUGCGAUGUGAAUUGCUAAUAGCUUUUAACAAUCGAUCAUCCAGUCGGAUGUAUAGUGUGAAGUACCACUGAGGCACAUUGACAAUCACAACCUGGGAUGUAGAGGUUUGGGUGGGUAUACGCCAAGUAAAGUACCACUCCCUGUUUUUUCAACGCAUUUUCCAGCAAUGCUGCGUUAACGCUCGCUCCAAAAAAAAGGUGCGUGAACAGCAUUUUCGUGUGCUUACCCCCCACUGCACCGAUUACCUAACUGCUCAGCAGUUAGCGGAAGGGCUCUUUUCUCUCGUCUCGUCGUCUUCCUCCUUUAUGUUACGCUUUAGUACAUGUUCCUGAUUCUUGAUAUAACGGCAUACACUUAUGAAAUAAAGUUUUCAGCAUUUAAUAUUAUACAA